GCAGGAUGAUAAUGGAGGGAAUGCCUUGAUUGAGUUGGGGGACAUUUUGGAUGACAAUGGAGGAGAUGCCUUGAUCGAGUUUGGGGACAUUUGGAUGACAAUGGAGGGGAUGCCUUGAUUUGAAUUAGGGAACAUUUGGCAAGAAAGGCUAAUUGCAUUGGAGAUGGGAAGCACUUCCUUUGGCACAAAAAUUAAGGCCUUAAUUAGGGAUGGUACUACAUUUGGGCACAAGACAGGGAUGUACAGCAAAGGAAAUACAGUAAUUGAAUUUGUUGCUGUACAACAGAAUGACAGUGGGGAGAAUACAUUAAUUGAAUUUGGGGGACCUUUUGGCAGGACAGGAGUAGAACACUAAUCGAGGAUGUA